UGGCUUGUUGGAAAUAUACCAGGUACUGAAAUAAGCAAAGGUGAAACUCUUACAGAAUAUAUUGGUUCAGGACCUCCUCUAGAUACUGGACUUCAUCGUUAUGUAUUUUUGGUAUACAAACAACCAUCUAAAUUAAUAUUUAAUGAACCAUAUGUUACUAACAAGUCACCUGGUAAUCGUACUCAUUUUUCUAUUCAUAAAUUUGCUCAGAAAUACAAUCUUGGAUUACCAGUUGCUGGUAAUUUUUAUCAGGCACAAUAUGAUGAUUAUGUGCCACUUCGCUACAAACAGCCAACUACAACUUGAACAGAAAUUUAUUACAAUAUUUAUUUAAAAAAACAAAACUAUUAUAUAUUAAAACACUCUUUAAAUAGGGUAUUUAUAAAUCAUAGUACUGUAUAAAUAAAUGUAUAAACCAUUGUUUAUGUAUUUAUGUUACAUUUGUUGUUUUCAUUAUAUAAUUUUUAUCAAAAUAAAUUCUAAACUUUGAACAAAUA